GGCACAUAAAAACGUUUUGAGAAAUGGCGGCUGCUGAAGAUAGUAACUAUUUACAGAAUCCCAGCGGUUCAGAGGCUCCGAAACUGUCGGAUUUACUAGACCGGGGCUGGAAACUGUAUGACGAGGUGGACAGCACUAAUGAAUCGAGCAGCUCAAACGCCGUGCAGGUGAAAGUGAAGCGCGGCAUCAUGCAGCUGGAGGAGGCGACGAGGAUGGUCAGUCAGCUGGACCUGUUCAGUCGUAACGAGGCACUGGAGGAAAUGGCCACAGCGGAUGUGAAGUACCUUCUGUUGCCGGCUCUGCUGGGUGCUCUCACUAUGAAACAGGUGAAUCCCAACAAGAGACUGGAGCAUGUGCAGACAGCCCGUGUCUACUUCAUGGACUUCCUGGAGAGGUGCAAGGAAUAUGAAGUGUGCAGUUUCAUGUUGCCCAGAUCCAAUGAGAACAAAGCCGACACUCCUACUGAGGAGCAGCCAAAUCCAGUUGUCCCAUUGCCAACAUCACAGCCAGACCUUAUUGCCAUGGCAACACAAAGACAAGCCAAAAUAGAGAGGUUUAACCAACGUAAGGAGACUGAGGCUAAACUGAGUGAGAUUAGAGGGCUGGUGGAAUCCGGCUCAGCCGAAGAAGACGUGGUGAGAGAUUUUUACCUGCUGCAUGUGCGCAGGUGGAUCACACUAGCACUGGAGGAGAUUGACUCCAUUGGCCAGGAAGUAGAGAUACUGAAACGGAUGGAGGCUUUCAAGCAGAGCGCGCCUCAGCCAUCUCCACCGAAAAGACUUCCCAUGAAGCCUUUUAUCCUGACUAAAGAUGCUGUGCAGGCAAAAGUGUUUGGUGCAGGGUAUCCCAGCCUUGCCACUAUGACCGUUGAUGACUGGUAUGAGCAGCACAGACGACAGGGCUGUUUACCUGAUCAGGGUGUACCACGCAGCGCAGCAGAUGGUAAUGCAGUGGAUGACGAGAGAGCAGAAAGAGAGAGAAAGGAAGAGAAUGAUGAUAAAGAGGCAUUGCAGAAGGCACGUGACUGGGAUGAUUGGAAGGACACACACCGGAGAGGAUAUGGCAACCGCAAGAACAUGGGCUGAUCUCACUCUCUCUCUCUCACACUCACACACACAUACAUAUACACAACCCUUCUGUUCCCAAAAAUAAAUUUCUCCCAAUUCUGCCAAUAUGUGAAAUGGACACAACAGAGGAUGGCACUGUUGUGUUUAAUUAAUUUGGUUACAUUUUUUCUAAACUGAGUUUGCAUAUUUGACAUUCUUUUUAUAAGGCUAUUUAAUUCUUAAAUGUUGGUGAGCUGUAAUGAGACCUUAACCCCUGGAUCAUCUUUAGAGAUUUAAAAGGUGGAUGCGUCAGUCUCUUUGCAUAUCUCUACUUCACUCUUUCCUAUAUUAGUAAUCGUUUGUCUUUUCAUGAAUGUUGUUUUGAGUUCAACAUUUGUGCUGUAAAUUAAUCCCAGUUUCAGUAUUUUUGGAUCAUCAAACUAAAGUUUUCCUUAUACUGUCAGUACUGGUAGCUAUUUUUGUCAGAAUCAGCCCACUCUGAAGAUUGUUGUCACCCAUACAAUUACAAUUAUGUGCUAUGUGAUUUGGAGCUCACUAAGGUUGCAUGUUAUUUAACUGUUAGCAAAUACUUGUAAGACUCAAUGUUGUUUUCAGUUUCCAGCAGAGACAAGAGCAGCUGGAUCCAGAAUCAGCACUUUCCUGGACCCGGAUAAUGGGGUUCAGAAUGGCUGAAGAAUCUGUUGAAAAUUUGGAACAAAAUGUCUAGACUGCCUUUUUAUUCUUAAAUGUAUUUAUUACAUUAUCUGGAACUUUUCUUGUUCUCUCUCUUUGAAAAUAUUUGUAAGGUGAACCCCUGGUUCCUGAGUAAACCUAAAGGAAAGUUACCUAUCUACAGCCUUAUUCUCUGUUUGUGCCUCAGUACUACAUAUGUCCCUUGUCCCAUAUUUGAAUAUGCAGAUUACUUUUUUUUACCCUUAUAAUGUUCAAGGGGGAAAUAGUUCACCCAAAAAACUUAAUUCUCUCAUCAUAUAUUCACCCUCCAGCCUUCUCAAACUUGUAUGAAUUUGUUUAUUUUGCGAAACACAAGGAUAUAAUGUAGAUGAAGGAUAUACAGUGUAUUCAGACCCCUUCAUUUUAUUUUCACAUUUUAUGUUGCAUACUAAAAUGCUUUAAAUAAUUUUUCACAUCAAUCUUCACUCCAUACCCCAUAAUGACAAAGCAAAAGCCAGAUUUUUGAUAACUGCAAAUUUAUGAAAAGAAAAAACUGAAAUAUCACAUUGACAUAAGUAUUUAUACCCUUUGCUAUGACACUUGAAAUUUAGCUCGGGUGCAUCCCAUUUCACUGGAUCAUCUUUGAGAUGUUUCUACACUUUGAUUGGAGACCACCUGUGGCAAAUUCAAUUGAUUGGACAUGAUUUGGAAAGGUACAUGCCUGUCUAUAUAAGGUCUCAGAGCUGAAAAUGCAUAUCAGAGCAAAAACCAAGCCAUAAGGUCAAAGGAACUGCCUGCAGAGUUCUGAGACAGUAUUGUGUCGAGGCACAGAUCUGGGGAAGGCUACAGACAUUUUUUGACUGCAUUGAAGGUUCCCAAGAGCACAGUAGCUUCCUUAAUUCUUAAAUAGAAGUUUGGAACAACCAGGACUCUUUCCAGAGCUGGCUGCCUGGCUAAAUUGCAAUCAGGGGAGAAAGCCCUUGGUAAGAGAGGUGACCAAGAACCUGAUGGUGGUUGAACUCCAUAGAUCAUGUGUGGAGAUGGGAGAAACUUGCAGAAGGACAACCAUCACUGCGACACUCCACCGAAAUGGGCUUUAUGGCAGAGUGACCAGACUGAAGCCUCAGUGCAAGACACAAAAUAGCACCUAAAGGACACUCAAGACUGAAAUGAAGAUUGAACUGUUUGGCCUCAAUUCCAAGCAUAAUGUUUGGAGGAAACCAGGCACCGCUCAUCACCAGCGCAAUACCAUCCCAACGGUGAAGCAUGGUGGUGGUAGUAUCAUGCUGUGGGGGAGUUUUUCAGUGCAGGGACUGGGUCAUGGUUGAAGGAAAGCAGAAUGCAGCAAAAUACAGAGAUCUGUAAUGAAAAUCUGGUCCCGAGGACUCCGGAACUGGGCAGAAGUUUCACCUUCCAAUAAGACAAUGACCAUAAGCACACAGCCAAGGGAACUCGAGAUUGGCUUAGGGACAACUCCAUGAAUGUCAUCGAGUGGCCCAGACUUUAACCCAAUCGAACAUCUCUGGUUAGACCUGAAAAUGGCUGACCACUGAAGGUCCCCAUCCAACCUGACAGAGCUUGAGAGGAUCUGCAGAGAAAAAUCCCCAAAUGCAGGUGUGCAAAGCUUGUCGCAUCAUACCCAAAAAGACAUGUGGCUGUAAUCACUGCCAAAGGUGCUUCAACCAAGUACUGAGUAAGGGUCUGAAUACUUAUAUCAAUGUGAUAUUUCAGUUUUUUUUCUUAAAUUAGCAGUUUUCAAGAGUUUUUGCUUUGUCAUUAUGGGGUACGGAGUGUAGAUUGAUGUGAAAAAUUAAUAUUUUGAAGUAUUUUAGCAUAAGGCAACAUAACAAAAUGUGAAAAAAUGAAAGGCACUGUAUGUGUUUUUGUCUGCACAAUGCAAGUCAGUGUCGUCCAAAACUCCAAAAAGGGCAUAAUGGACAUCUAUACAACUCAAAUGUGGUUUGAUUCAUGUCUUAUGAAUGUCAUAUGAUCGUUUUGGGGGAGAAACAAGGAAUAUGCAAUAUUGAGUAAUUUUGUAGUCGAGUACUCUAACCCACAAAAAAACAAGUAAUUGAUUACUUGUAAAUAACACGUAAGACGUACAUGAAAUCUAUAUUUUGUUUUAUUCACAAACGAUACCAAGAAUAGUUUCAAAAUAAACAUUAUACAUUGUAAUAAACACAAUAAACACGCAGGGGGCCUGGAGAUGGACUGCGAUCAUCAUAGGGGUUUCGGCUGGGUGAAUCUUUGGCAUAAGGGUUACUAACAAUUUAACUCCAACCUGCUGCAUUGCUACAAUCAAAUAGAAAAACAUACUAAAUUAACCAGGAUAAAAAAUUAUAAUAUGCUUACACACACACACAGAAGAUCUCAAAUAGGAAACAUCGAUGAAUAGGUCAAGAAACAAUUUAUAGUUGCUAACAUUUUUAAUUUAAGAUCCAAGAAACAUUUAGAUUCAUAAAAACUGUUUAAUAAGCUAUAUAUGCUACAAGUAGUAACUACAAUAUUACAUUAGCUCUUGUGUGUCAAGUCAAAUUUCACUUUAGAUCUUGAUGUAGGAAUAUGAAUGUAUACAAUGUUUUAUGAUCUAUUCAGUAGUUAUGUUGGCUUGGCUUCCUAGAUGAAGACCAACAUUUCUGAUUGUAAAUCCUCCGAGCUUUUAAGCUUCAUCCACCAAAAUCAGCACAUAUCUUCAGACAGUUUUGGACUAGUGUUCUAUGUCUUUUCCAACUGAUCAGAGUUAUGGGAUUCGCAGAGAAGAGAAUUUGUAAAAAUCCUGUAGACUUGCAUUGACAAUAUUCAAAUGAGUCCACGGAAUGCACGUUAAUUCAAACUCCCACUGUCAAAAGUUAAAAUGUAAAU